AUGUCCCUUCCAAGGUACAAAAAACAAAGGCCGGUCCCAGCACCCUUGGAGGAGAGAUUGAAACAAGAAAUAGAACGAAUCAUUCAAGAACAAGUGAUUGAAGAAGCGGCAGGAGCAUCGUGGAUAUCACCUGUGCAGAUUGUUUACAAGGGGAAUGGGGAAUUGAGGGUGUGCGUUGAUCUCAGGGAAGCCAAUAAAGCAGUGAUAAGAGAGCGGUUUCAAAUUCCUAGAAUCCAAGACCUGUUACGGCAACUGAAUGGGACUCGGUUGUUAUUGACUCUGGAUCUAAGGAAAGCAUAUUGGCAGGUUCACCUAGCGGAAGAAUCUAGAGAAAUUACGUUGUUCAGAGCCACAGGUAAAGUGUAUCAGUUCAAAAGGCUGCCCUUUGGACUUGCGUCAGCACCAGAGGUGUACCAAAGGAUUAUGAGCAUAAUGUGUGAAGGCUUAUCAGGUGUGCUUAGCUACUUUGAUGAUGUUGUGGUGUACGGGUCAACACCAGAAGAACAUUAG